CAUAUAUUCUUGUUACAUAGCAAACCGCAAGGCCGCUCGCGAGCCCCCACACGUUCGUUUGACUUGAAGAAAGAACUUUGUUCGCGUCGAUCGACAGACCUCUUCACGACUUGGCAUUCUGUGUGAUUACCUGAGCCAGGAUGGGCUCAAGGAUUGUGGAUAACUGCCCUGACAAGGCGUCAGCGACUACAAACUUCCUAUAUGUAUCUGCGCGCGAUGAGAUUGCUGGAGUGCCCUACGUCGAGGCCGAAGGCUUCGUCUUCUGCUUGGCUGGACACCCCGCCGUCCCUGACGGCAACGUGGCGCUGAACAGCGUGCAGCGCAGGAUCCUGCGCGUGUCGGCUCGCGACACACUAGACCUGCGCGCCUUUAAGGCAAAGGGGCUACCGGCGGUGGGUAUGGUGUAUGCCAAGGUGGCGGGCAUCCUGGACAAGGUGCGGCCGGCGGAGCUGCAGGCGGAAGACCUGAUCCAGCGCCUGAUCAAGAGCUUCAGCAACCAGGUGCUGACCAAGAGCCAGCAGGUGGCUUUCGAGCUGGAGGGCGCCAACUACAAGCUGCUGGUGGAGCAGCUGCUGAUCGACGUGGACGGCAAGUCCGUGGAGGCGCCGCGCGGCGUGCUGGCGGAGACCACCGCGUUCAUCUUCACCAACGACGGCGGCAGCCCCAUCACCAUUGCUGGCCAGAAGGGUUACGCCAGCAGCCAGAUCUUCAAGAGCAAGACCAUCAACUUCGAGAGCCUGGGCAUUGGUGGACUGGACAAGCAGUUCGAGGCCAUCUUCCGCCGCGCCUUCGCCAGCCGCGUGUUCCCGCCCUCCAUCACGCAGCGCCUGGGCAUCAAGCACGUCAAGGGUAUCCUGCUGUACGGCCCACCUGGCACGGGUAAGACGCUGAUUGCGCGCCAGAUCGGAAAGAUGCUGAACGGCAAAGAGCCCAAGAUCGUGAACGGCCCCGAGGUGCUCAACAAGUUCGUGGGCCAGAGCGAGGAGAACAUCCGCAACCUGUUUGCGGACGCGGACGCGGAGUACAAGGCCAAGGGCGACUCCAGCGCGCUACACAUUAUUAUCUUUGACGAGAUCGACGCCAUCUGCAAGCAGCGUGGCAGCGUGCGGGACGGCUCGGGCGUGCACGACACCGUGGUGAACCAGCUGCUCACCAAGAUUGAUGGUGUGGACGCGCUGAACAACAUCCUGCUGAUCGGCAUGACCAACCGCCGCGACAUGCUGGACGAGGCGCUGCUGCGUCCCGGCCGCCUGGAGGUGCAGAUCGAGAUCGGGCUGCCGGACGAGAAGGGGCGGCUGCAGAUCCUCAAGAUCCACACCAGCAAGAUGUCGGAGAACGCCUUCCUGGCCCAGGACGUGGACCUGGACAAGCUGGCCGAGCACACCAAGAACUUCAGCGGAGCCGAGAUUGAGGGCCUGGUGAAGGACGCGGCGGCCUACGCGCUGAACCGCAACAUCAACUUUGAUGACCUGCACGCCCCGCUGGAGGAGGAGAACAUCAAGGUGACCAUGGCGGACUUUGAGAAGGCGCUAGAUGAGGUGAAGCCGGCGUUCGGCGCCAGUGUGGAGACGCUGGAGGCGUACAUGGGGCACGGCAUCAUCAGCUGCGGCGAGGCGUUCGACCACCUGCGGGAAACGCUGGGCAUGCUUGUGCAGCAGGUCCGGGCCAGCGACAAGACGCCGCUGCUCAGCGUUGUGCUGGAGGGCCCCGUGGGCAGCGGCAAGUCGGCGCUGGCGGCCAGCGCCGCCAUCGGCUCGGACUUCCCCUUCCUCAAGGUGGUCACCAGCGAGAGCAUGGUCGGCUUUUCGGAGCAGGCCAAGGCCAGCCAGAUCACCAAGGUGUUUGAGGACGCCUACAAGUCGCCCAUGUCGGUGGUCAUCCUGGACGACAUCGAGCGCCUGCUGGAGUACGUCGCCAUCGGCCCACGCUUCAGCAACACCAUCCUACAGGCGCUGCUGGUGCUCAUCAAGCGGCAGCCGCCGCCCGGCCGCAAGCUGCUCAUCAUCGGCACGACCAGCAUGACGGACGUGAUGGAGAGCAUGUCCAUCAACGAGGUGUUCAACGUGUCGCUGCACGUGCCCAGCCUGCGCGUGGACGAGAUGGUCAAGGUGCUGCGCUCGCUGGACGUGUUCUCCGUCAUGGACAUCCCGCAGGCGGUGGACCUGCUCACCACCAUCCACUCCAAGGUGGUGCCCAUGAAGAAGCUGCUGCUGUGGGUGGAGAUGGCGCGGCAAGACGUGCCGGAGGGGCAAAAGGUUCCGCUGGCGCGGUGGGAGCAGGUGCUCCGAGACCUGUCGUAGAGCUAGCGGCUGGCAGAGGCGGCGGAGUGGGACUUGUGAGGUGAGGGGCACGCAUUCCUAUGUAUCCUGGUUAGGGUGAAAUCGUCUACAUCGGUGCCGGCACGCUGCCGUUACGCCGCGUGCAACAAACGGGGACUUUCGGGCUGCCGUAUCUCGACGGCAUGGAGGGGGGACAAGGAAGUGUGGAAGGUGCUGUGUGCUUUGUGGCGCUGAUGAUUACCGUGCUCUUGAGGCGUUGUGCUACGACGCUGUUGUUAUGCGUUACGUUCCAUGAGCGUGCGUGGCGAUUCAGCUUUGCAGGCGCAGGGCGUAUACCGUAAGGACGCGUGUAACACGUUCGCCAUU